AUGACUAUAGCCAAGAACUCGGCUCUAGGGGUCGGCGUGGUGAUAGUGUUUAUCCCCCUGCUGGUGGCGCUGGUCUUUGCCCUUAGGCGAUGGAGGAAGCGGCGUCUUCCCGAGCUGGUUGUGGAGCCUCUGGGCAGGCGAAGGAGAUCGUUCUUUGGCGAAGCGAAGGGCGACUACGAGAAUGUGGGGGCCCGGCCGGAGGAGGAGGAGGAGCUAAACUACUGCACCCUGGUGCUGCCCCCGCGCACCCGGGCCCCACGUGGCCACUGGGAGUGUGAGUCGGACUCGGAGUCGGAGGCGAGCGUGCACACCAUCCUGCUGGGCUUGCCCGCCAACACCUUGGUGCUGUACAUCUUCUACCGCCGCGCCCGCACCCGCCUCACCCCCAACCUCAUCUACAUGAUCAACCUCUGCAUCUCGGACCUGGCCUUCGUCCUCAUCCUGCCACUCAAGAUCCUGGAGGUGGUUCCACCCGGCUGGUCCCCACCAAGCUUCCUCUGCCCUCUCUACAGCCUGGCCCACUUCGGCACGCUCUACGCCAGCACCUGCUUCCUGACGGCGGUCAGUGCCGGGCGCUACCUGGGCGCCGCCUUCCCCAUCCGCUACCAGCUCUACAAGAAGCCCCUUUACUCCUGCCUGGUCUGCGUGGCCAUCUGGACCCUGGUGGCCUUUCACGGCGUCCUGUUGCUCAUCCUGGAGACUUCGCUGGGCGCCAACGCCACCCUCUUUAUGGGCAACGGCACCGCCUGCUACCAGGAAUUCAGUCCAGAGCAGCUGGCCCUGCUAGCUCCUGUCCGCUUGGAGCUCUCCGUGGCCCUGUUCUUCCUGCCCUUGGUGAUCACGGUCUUCUGCUACGCCGGCUGCAUCCAUGUCCUCGUCAAGUCCCGUCUCCACGAGCAGAAGAAGCGCCGGGCGGUGCGGCUGGCCUUGGCCACGCUCUCUGUCUUUGUGCUCUGCUUCGGACCCUAUAACCUGUCCCACGUGGUGGGCUACGCCCGCGGCGAGGACGUCUGGUGGCGCAGGGUGGCGCUGCUGCCCGGUGCCUGCAACGCCUUCCUGGACCCGCUCAUCUUCUACUUCCUCUCCUCGGCCAAGGACCACGGCCUGGCCUGGGUGUGGCGCUCGGUGGGGCAGCGUUGCAGCUCCUUCCGGCAGAAGAUGACCAUGGGUCACAGGGAGGCAGGCAAGGGGCAGCCUGAGAAGGGGGCUGCAUCACAUGGAAGUACAGGCCCCGGGGUGGGGAGCUCCAAGUGACCAUGAGACAAGGAGACACCAAACGCUGUUGGGACAGGAUUCGGGGAGAUUGGCAAUCUUGGAUGGGCUGUGGGACCCGGCUGCUCAUGAACCUUAAAAAUUCCCCAUGGGGCUGGGAGCCUCCAAUCUUGGAUAGGACGCAGGACCAAGGACCGGGAAAUUCAUGACCAUUACAGAUUCCCCACGGCACCCAGAACCUUCGAUCUUGGAUAGGACGUAAGACAAAGGACCGGGCAAUUCAUGGUCUUUACAGAAUUCCUAUGGGACUAGUAGUCUCCGACCUUGGAUGGCACGUGAGUCCAAGAACCUGGCCUAUCCAUGGGUCAGUACAUAUCCCCCUUAGGACAAGGAGGUGUCUGGUUUUGACAGGACUAGGGGGUGAGGUAGCAGUUUUCCACUGAGACAUGAGUGCAUGGUCAUGACCUUGACCAUUGGUGGUCUUGAAAGACCCCUUAGAAUGGGGACAUCCCUGACUGGGCUGGGAUGGGGGGUGAGGAGAUGCCAGGCGGGGUGUGAUGGCAGGGUCCAGAUUUCUUGUGCUCAUUUUGUACCCCCAUGGGACGGAUCCUGCCUUGGGAGAAUUGGAUAUAGAAAAUGAUCCAGACCCCCUCGCCCCCCUAGGGCGAAAUAGACUGUACGGCUUACUCUGCUACUGGGGGAAUAGACUAAACUCCGUCCUGUAGAUCUGCAUUGGGUGAGCCAGCCUAUGAGGUGUCACUGUGCAGUUAUUCCCCAGCUGCCCUGACCCAGAGGUGGCUGCAUCUCAGCAGCAGGUGAGCCAGCCCCAGGUGCCCCACCCCAGAGGUGGCUGCAUUUUGGCACUGAGGCCAUGAUUCCUACCCAUUGUAUAUGGAAGGUGCUAGAGAUAUGUCCGAGGUAACUGGGAGGUCUGUGUAACUUGGACGUAGAAAUAUUCCAAACCACAAUCAGUGGGAAUCCUAAAUCUCCUGUCAAUGAAAUCCCAGCUCCUGCAAGAAUGUCCCAGGACUGAUCAAUGAGUUAGUAGGAACAGAGGCAAUGGGGCCGGAUCCCAGCUGGGGUCAAUGGGCUAUAGCUCCAUGGGAGUCAAUGGGGCCAGAGCCCCCAGCUGGGGCCAAUCGGGAUCACCCAGGGGUCUCACCACUCCACCCUAGCGCUGACUCUUUUGCCCACUGGCUGUAAAUUGCAUUCCACUAACGGAUCCGUGCUGAUUUAAUCAAUAAAGUUUU